GUGUGUGUGUGUGUGUGUGUGUGUGUGUGUGUGUGUGAGCGUGUAUUUAUCACUUUGUGGGGACCAAAUGUCCCCAUAAGGAUAGUAAAACCCGAAAUUUUUGACCUUGUGGGGACAUUUUGUCGGUCCCCAUGAGGAAAACAGCUUAUAAAUCAUACUAAAUUAUGUUUUUUGAAAAUGUAAAAAUGCAGAAAGUUUUCUGUGAGGGUUAGGUUUAGGGGUAGAGUUAGGUUUAGGGGAUAGAAUAUAAAGUUUGUACAGUAUAAAAAACAUUAUGUCUAUGGAAAGUCCCCAUAAAACAUGGAAACACAACAUGUGUGUGUGUGUGUGUGUGUGUGUGUGUGUGUGUGUGUGUGUGUGUGUGUGUGUGUGUGAGUGUGUGUGUGUGUGUGAGAGAGCGUGUAUUUAUCACUUUGUGGGGACCAAAUGUCCCCAUAAGGAUAGUAAAACCCGAAAUUUUUGACCUUGUGGGGACAUUUUGUCGGUCCCCAUGAGGAAAACAGCUUAUAAAUCAUACUAAAUUAUGUUUUUUGAAAAUGUAAAAAUGCAGAAAGUUUUCUGUGAGGGUUAGGUUUAGGGGUAGGGUUAGGUUUAGGGGAUAGAAUAUAAAGUUUGUACAGUAUAAAAACCAUUAUGUCUAUGGAAAGUCCCCAUAAAACAUGGAAACACUACAAGUGUGUGUGUGUGUGUGUGUGUGUGUGUGUGUGUGUGUGUGUGUGUGUGUGUGUGAGCGUGUAUUUAUCACUUUGUGGGGACCAAAUGUCCCCAUAAGGAUAGUAAAACCCGAAAUUUUUGACCUUGUGGGGACAUUUUGUCGGUCCCCAUGAGGAAAACAGCUUAUAAAUCAUACUAAAUUAUGUUUUUUGAAAAUGUAAAAAUGCAGAAAGUUUUCUGUGAGGGUUAGGUUUAGGGGUAGGGUUAGGUUUAGGGGAUAGAAUAUAAAGUUUGUACAGUAUAAAAACCAUUAUGUCUAUGGAAAGUCCCCAUAAAACAUGGAAACACAACAUGUGUGUGUGUGUGUGUGUGUGUGUGUGUGUGUACUUGUAUUGAACCCGCAAUAUUCUUUAAAUUCAUUGUUUAAUAUCUUCCUUUUGUAACAACACUGAAUAAAUAUUUAUUUUGAAAAAAUAAAUCUAUUAUAAGUAAAUUGUUAUUUUGGUAAAUAAAUAAAUAAAUAAAAUAAAUACAGGUACAUACAGGGACUAUAGCGUCCUCUAUGUGCAUAUCAGAAAAAGACAGUGGGAGGCGUCCUGGGCUCUUUAAAAACUCGAAACUAUUUGACAGGCCAGUGGAGGGGAACACACAGACCUCAACCGUGCAUGGACGUCUCCGAGCGUAAAACUCAACAUAUUUUGAACAACAGUACCUGUAGCACGAGCAGCAUGGCUUACAAUGACAGCAGUUGCCACUGCGACAGCGAGAGAAGACAAAACAGCAUCUUGUACAGCAUUUUAAAGAACGACAGUCAGUCUGCGCAACUUGGGAACCAGCCCAGGACCCCGAGGCUCGCCGUCUCCAUGCACGCUUGUGCGUGCGGAUCCAAGAGGAAGGUAUCUCUGCGCUCCCCUCAGACCACGUGCAAAUCCACCUCCGCGGUUCUAGUGAAGACCCUGAAGUUCGUUAUGAACGUGCCGUGCUUUCGGGAGCUGCCGGUGGAUGACCAGCACACGCUGGUGCGGAGCAGCUGGGCACCUCUGCUGGUGCUCGGGAUGGCGCAGGACAGGAUCGACUUUGAGACCUCGGAGGCGCCCGAGCCGAGCAUGUUGCAGCGGAUUUUAACGAGCGGACAGGACAAACAGGAGAACCAGAUUAAUGUGAACGCGGGAGUGGCGUUGACUGAUGUUCAGGGUAUUAAAAUGUUUCUGAGGAAGUGCUGGGGACUUGAUAUAAGCACUAAGGAGUACGCGUAUUUGAAAGGAGCCAUUCUGUUCAACCCAGAUGUUGUAGGGCUGCAGUGUCAACAUCACAUCCAGGCCCUGCAGAGCGAGGCGAACCAGGCCCUUAAUGAAUAUGUCAAAAUGAUUCACCGUGGGGACAGUGCAAGAUUCGCCAAACUCUUCCUCACGCUCUCCAUACUGAGAUCCAUCAACGCCAACGUGGUGGCCGGUCUCUUCUUCAAACCGGUCAUCGGAGCGGUCAACAUGGAGGAACUUCUUCUGGAGAUGUUUUAUGGAAAAUAAAUCUGAUGCAAAUACCAGGACAGAAUUAUCAAAGGGGGGCAGUCAUGAUGGAGAGACUUUGAAAAUGACUGAUUCGUUUUUACUCAUAGUAUUUUUGUACUGUGCAUAAGAGCUCUCUCUUUGCCUUCUGAGUUGAACUCACUGCUGAAUCCAAAGUUGAUGACAACGUUUUCCCAUUUGGGGAAAGAGCUUUAUAACUUUGUUCGGUUUGUUUGUUUGUUUAAUUGCUUUUCUGUGCAUAUGACGUUGUGCAAUCUUCUCAUGAAUGUAUUUUUGAUUCUGGGUGACACUUUAUUGUAACUUUCAUUAACAAACAAUGUAUAUAUGUAUGGCAUAUAAUAUACUUGCAACAUUUAUUCAAUGUAAAUAGAAUAUAUUCUCAAUGUUUAAAGACAUUUCUAACUAUUUGUAUGAAUAUAAAUGAAUGAUCUUCUAUAAUGUACAGUAUGUUGGUAGUGAAAGUUAUUAUAAUGUGUUACCUAUGUUCGAAUAGAAGACAUUUUUGUACAUUUUGUCAUGUUAUUCAAUGGCAUAAUGGAACAGAGGUUACACUCCUUCACAUUUCUCACAACAUUAUGUGCAGUUAUAUAUUUUCUGCAUUACAGUAACAUGUUAUAUCGAUUAACAAAAUGUCAAUGUGAUGACAGACCUAAGCACAAUUAGAAAACAGUCAUAAAAAAAAGAAAGAAUAAAGAACAUUUAUGGCGACAUUGUUUCUUUACUGAGGGGAGCGAUGUUGUUCCACAAACCACACCAUUGUGGUUAAACACGGACAGAUGGGCAGCGCAAAGGGUGAAAAAAAAGAUAGAAGACUGCUCUCUUAUUUUUGAAUAUUUUGGUACAUAACCAGCCAUCUCAGAAUGUUCAGGCUGAUUGAACAUUGAUGUGCAGUGUACAUGUGGACAAUAUUGUCAGGUUUUAUUGUAAUGAUUGUAAAAAUCACACCAUUUGUGUUUUUGUUGCAUUAUCCA